UGGCAGCAGUGGAUCGCACACCACACUAUACAAAAACAAGCUUUGGAGCAGAUGCCAACCUUCUGAAAUUCUAUUCCACAACAUAUUCCACAUCGUAUGGUCAUGAAGGAUUUGAACCCAGGCAAGCCGAGGGAUAUGGGUCUGGAUAUGUGACCAAUCAAAGACCUGUUUUAUGCUACUCAUCAUCCUUAGACAGAUUAGACAACCCAAUCCUUGGGCAGCUUUUGCGAGACAAUUAUAAUUCAAUAACCAAGAAGGACUUUGUGAAGUAUGAUGUCCCAGAUGGCAAAGAAGACUUUCCUCACAAGUUACAUUCUGUUGGCAGUGGAUUCAUGCGGAAAAAGCCACUGAAUUUUCCCUACCUCAAAGAUAUGAAAGAAGUCCACAUUGACACAAGGGACCAUGGACCAUUCUCUAUCACAGGAAUUGAACCUAAACACAUACCCUUCCUUUAUCAAAUUCAACCACGGGACUCAGUGAUGCAAGAAAAUGGAGGUUAUGGACCAAGCUACAUGUCCACAGAAUACAGUGCUAAAUACAAACUCAAACCAUUGGAUUUGCCAGUUUUCUCCCAACACAAAACAGUGGGGACAAAGGAGAACACUGGGUUCACGGAAGGUUCUCCUCUGAAACCCAUCACUUACCAUCACCCAUUAGCAUUCCAAGGUGACUUGCCGGGGUAUUGCACAGAUCGACCAACCGGAAUUUCCAUAACAAAAUCAGACUAUCUACCUUCUGGAACUUUACAUGGAGAUGAAUUUUUGCCUGCUGUGGCACAUAAGGCUGACAGAAACACUGGUUUCACUCAUAGAAUUGGAUUAUCACUGGAUACCGCACUGCCAACGGGGCUACAGAACCUUCCCACAGCUAAAGCAGAAAAGCUAAUGAAGGAAGACCCAGUUGAGUACCUUAACAGAAGUCAUCUUGAUGAACCUAGCAGCAUCAACUCCCUGACCUACACGUACCCAGAACAUAAACCAUUAAAAACAGAACUGCUGGGGAAUGUUAGUGUUGGUGCUAAGGAGCUUACUGGAUAUAGUAGCAAUGAAAAUGUCUAUGUACAUCCAGCCAAGACUGCAACAGAUGCUGACAGAUUUUUGACAAAUUAUAAACUUUGGCACGAUGACAAAAAUCCAAAAGGAGAGGAUAGAGAAGGUUGGACGAGGGGAGGAAUUCAGAAACAGUUUGCUCACAGUUAUGCUGUUAGGUCCAAGAAACAUCAGCAUGGCCCGGACUACAAUGUAACUGAAACUUUACGCCGGAUUCACCCCCAUGUUGCCAGGACAUUAAAGUCAGUUGAUGAAUUUUAUGAUGAUCACACUUAUGACCACAAAUUGCGUCCACCUGGGCUUACCCUGUGAGGGUAUGUGCUGCAGUCUGUUGAAUUUGAAAUAUUCUAUUGGUUGUCAGGAAACCUGAAAAGCACACCACCAAAUAUUGCAAGAUAUGAACUAUUUUUCCUCAAAAUAACGAAAAUGGAAACAAUGGAUAUAAUUGAAAAAGAAAAUCUGGUCACUAUCAAUGCUGGUCAAUGUAGUGUUGAUUUUUAUUUCCCUCUAGAUAAACUAUCAAAAUUUUGUUUGGACAGUAAAUAGAGAGUAAUUGGUUAAAUAAGAGAGCCACAGGCAUGUAACUGACUGACUCAUGAAGUUAUUCAAUAACAUAUUGUAUAACUAGGUUGCACCUACAAAUCAGAACCUAAUUAAGAGGUUUAAGCGUUUUUUUUUCAGAUACAGCCUCAUGCUAACUAGGAGUUAGCAACAGACUGGAAUAUAAUCACAAUAUUCAUAUUUUAAACAUAAAAAAAGCUUAUAUUCUCUCAUGGCCAAAUACUGUGAGCAAUCUGAUUAAGCUUCAGAUAAAUGUCCAAAGUAUUCAGUGGUGUGAUCAAUGGAAUAGACUUUAAGUUGUGGACCAGACAAUUGCUUCAGUCUUCACAAUGUUAGCUGGAUAUUACCAUUCAUUUAAGAUUGACUAACAGACAAGCUGCCUAACAGAACAGUGUGAAAAAUGAUGGAAAUGUAGAGCUGUGUAAUCAACACAAUGUGAAAGUUGAUCUGUAGGUUACUUUUGAAAAGGGACAGAUGCAUGCAUAGCAGAAGGAGGAUGAAUCUUUGAGAAUUCCUGAUGUAACUUUACAGGGGUAGGAAGAGAAAAGUAAAGAAACUUUAGUUAUGUUCGAAAGUUAUGAGUGGACCAAAGUGAGGGCAAUCACAUGGCCCAAAGUGGGAAGCUGGAGAAUGGAGGAAAUGUGUUGGAAGUGGAUGUUGUGAUCAAUUGUUGUGAAGAAUGCAGAAACAUUGAAGUGGAUAUACAACCAACAUACACCAGAGUCAGUGAUAAGCACUUGUGACUUUGGCCAUUUCAGUACUGUGAAGAAAGCUGGAAAAAUGAUUGAAAAGAUUAGAAAGUGUUGACAGGUGAGCGUGCCCAAACCUGAGAGUCAACGACACUUUCAAGGAGGUGGAAUGAUUGGAAAUGGGAAGGCAACGGGGUUAAGGAUAAGGCUUGGAGGAGUGAGGGUGGCAAUUUUGACAGAGAAGGUUGAUCAGCAGAGGCGUGCAGAGACAGGUGGUUGUCAUGGGAAUAAAGAAGAAAGUUGGAUGUGAAGUAUAUAUGUGGGAAUGGGACGGGGAAUCAGGAGUUUACUUAUUGGACUUACAUGCAAGGCCAUUUUAAUCCUUACAAGAGGCAGCUGAGAGGAAAAUGAUGAACAAUGACAUUAGCAUGGGGUUGCAAGUUCCAGUUAACCAAGACAAUUUUGGAAUCGAUAUCAAAUUACUAGUUACAUAAAAAAGUGAUUUGGGAGUAGAAUGGACGUCUGGGUUGAAUUUUGGAACAAAGUUCUGAAAUCAUUUAAGGACUAACUGGAUUCUAUAAUGGCACAAGUUGGGAUGUAACAUGCUUGGUUGUGCUGUUCCCAGCAAACAAAUAAAUUGUUGACACUCUGUUGAUGUAGGAAGAAUGUACCAUUGGGGAACACAUCAGUAGCUGCCUGAAACGGAUUGUCACCCUUCAAUCUGUUUACAAAGAUGCUUUGAUUUUUAUAAUUAA